AUGGCCGGUGGUUUACCUAAUCCCGUACCUGACGCUCAAUUCUCUCCAGCAUCAACUUCGAAUUCCUCUGCGAUAUCAGUGUCAUCCCAGACACCAUUAAACACAAAGGAUUCAAUGGCAACUUCUCCGACAAGGGAAUCUCAUGUGGACAAGUCCAUCGAUGCCACACCAGAAAAGUCUUCAGAAGACAACGGCAACACAACCUACUUCUUGCUUGAUAUUUCAGAGCCAAGUCAGGAAGAAAACCUAAAUAACCAAAGCGAGCCCGAAAGUGUAUCUCGACGUAUAAGCCGCAGAAGCUCCGAUUCAUCCAGCUCUAGUGUGUCAGCCCAGGUUGUCAUCGACCACGGAGGUUCGCUGCCACGGCGGCUAGAGAAAAGCAGAGCUGCUAGGCUAUUGCGCACAGGCGAUGACGAAUCCGAAAGCGACUACAACUACAGCUAUGUACCUGUCAGGAACAUUCCUGAAACCGAAGCUCUGUCGGGCCAACACCGACGCCGUAGAAGCACACAGAUGCAUUUGAACCAAUCGUUUGAUAACGCACAUGACGAUGUUGAAGAAGGCAGCAGAUCUGCUGUAGAAACUCCAUCUGGAUCAGAAAAAGAGGACGAAGACGAAGACGACGACGAAAACGGAGAUUAUCGGAACCACAGCCACAGCCACCAACACCACCGUCAUCGACGCAACCAUCGUAGAAGACAACGAGACCCAAAGGAUAGACAUGCUAGACGAGACAGGAAAGGCAAAGGUGUGACGGUCUAUACAGAUGAACAGGAAGAUCUGAUGGACGAAAUGCCUAGCUGGGAUCAGGAAAGAAUGCGACAACAGAGCAACGGAAACUACCAGCCCAGUGAUGAUGAUAUCCCACACGAUCAUGUCCGGUACAGAGAUAGAUCGAUGCGCAGAAGAACAAAGCGCAAAGUUCAGGGACUAUUGCAGACCGAUCUUCACACACAUUCAUGGAGUAGAAGAGAAAGCUUUCAAUCUAACCGUGAUCCAGGUCUAUCAAGCGAUACCGCCUUGAGGAAAUUGCUUUACAUUGCACAUCAAAUAAUCGAUGAAAAGAGAAGCCGGAUAUCAAGAACUGCUGAUAUCUGGGCUUGGUUGAUUCGACCAGAGAUGAUCAUGUCUAUCUUUACUGCUAUUUCACUCCUGACAUUUUACAUUGCUGGGCGUAUUAAGGGCGAUCCUUACCAAUAUCGCGUUACAGGAGCAUUGGUAGAAGCGAUCUUGAUUAUAGUAAUGUCAGUGUGGAAUUGGUAUAUCUGUCAUCGAGAACAGCAUCUCACCGACUGUGAAAUGACUGAUCGCGCAGCAACAAUUAUAUCAGCCUUGGAAAGAAGCGGAAUGAACAUGGUCCAGGAUACAAAAAUCCCUUUUAUUCCCUCAAUGUCUGUUGCAAAGGUAGUUCGAGAUGGUGUGGUACGAACAUUUCCCGUAAACCUCUUGGUAGAAGGCGAUGUUGUGGAAAUGCUUUACGGAGACGUUGCGCCUGGUCGGAUGAAGUACAUCCACAAAUCUUCUCAUACACAAGACAACCCAGACUAUGAUAACUCGAACGCAAAUAAAACCACAGAGGGUCCAAAAGAACAAGCAGCAGCAGCAGCAGCAGCAACGGCAACAAACACAACCGCAACCACAACGACUAGCUUUGAUCUUCAGACAAGAGAAUAUUACCUUGCCCAAGACCAGACAUUCAAACCAUCGUUUUUUGGAAUCCCUCCUCCGGCUGGAUUGAUGGAAGAGUAUCUACGUGCCCGAGGUCGUCAUCAAUUCUUACUCUUGGAAACCCCUUUGGAGAAAAAUAUGCGGGCAGCCUUGGCACAAGAGCGGCCGCAGACAGUCAUUGCCAACGAAGCACGGAAACUGAUGCGUGUAUUUUACCAUUACAUCAUCUGGAUCGUCUUUUGCGCUUCAAUUGUCGUCAAUCUCUUGCGCUUCGGCCUUCGAGACCGGCUAUUAGAUGAUUUCCCAGCUGACCAGGUGGCCGAACUGAUCCUCGUCCUUCCAUUCUACACCAUCCUCCCUCUUCUACCCCUCUGCUUGCCAUCACUCUGGAUGGUUGCCCGUAGCUUUGGAAAUGCUCAGCUACUGAUCUUGUUUGAAGCCCUCCAGAUUUCAAAAACAGAAUACGAAGAUGAUAGUGAAGUAGAUGAAUUUGACGCUGAAGCACCCCCACCUACAAAGGAUGUCGAGUUGAGUCCUAAUGCCGUCUGGGACAGGUUUUGUUCUUUGCUGACAAAAUGGGAUCGCCUUUCUCUCACAAGAUCUACCAACCUGCUUGAAUCUCUUGGAAGUAUAACGGUGAUCUGCUGUCUUGAUAGAGAAGGCACAAUAGCAAACCCUUUUCCUACCGUGGAACAAAUAAUGUUUCCGAAUUCUGAAGAGGAUAUAAGCUAUUUGGAUGUGGAAGAAGAUUCAGAUGAACCUUUUGGUGUUAAAUUUGAAGACCAAGACUGGGAAAAGAACUUGCCAUGCUUAAAACCACUUGGAUUAAACUUUAUGCUGAAUACCAACUGUGGUAUCAUUCAAGGCAGAAAACGAUCCGAUUAUCACCGACGGCGUUCAAAGCUUCAUGUUUAUGGAAAAACAUCUCCAGCCAGACAAUCUUGCCUGUGUCGAUUGGGAAAAUGUAUUGGUUUUAGAGAAGAGGCUCUUCAGUCAUUUGUGUCAAGAGCCGAGAUUUACACCUUUGCACCUUACCAUGAUAUUUUGAGUACACCCCGAUACAAGUACAGCCAGUACUUUUCUUUCGAAGUUCCCAAUGCGCUUUCCACUGUAUUUGAAGAAAAGACGACAGAGAGUUAUCAACUCCUGACAGAUGGCCAUCCUACUCUUGUAUUGGAAAAAUGCUCUGAUUACUGGGACGGAAGUGCAUUGCAAACCAUGAGUGAAACGAUGGAGAAGAAAAUAAAUGACUUUUUCUACAACGCAAUGGUUCAUGACAUGCAAUGCAUUGCCUAUGCAUACCGACCUAUCAACACUGCAAACGGACACCGAAUUCCUUUCUUGAGCCCUUCCGAUGAAGAAGAUCCUGGUUGUGCAUUUGUUGUCCUGCCACACAAAUCACAAAGCUCUGAUAGCUCAAGUAGCAGCAGCUCGGAGAGCGAAUCAGAGGCUUCUUUGAUAUCUAAAGCCUCAGCUGGCCCCUCACAUACUUCUACAAAGCACAAACGUCGGUCAUCUAAAGUUAUCACUAGCUCAGGUAGCCAAUCUUCAAGUGAGGAUAGUUCAAGUGAUUAUUCGUUUGAAGAGGAUGAACCAGUGGAUGAGCAAGAAGAAGAGACAUUUUACAAGGAAGUUGUCAAGGGCCAGAUUUUCCUUGGAAUAGCAGCCAUGUGCCAUCAGCCAAAACAGAAUGUAGUAGAUUUUAUCGAAGAUUUGGGUCUUGCCGGUAUUCGAUUUGUCUAUUUUUCACCUACUGCCGAAAGAGAAUCAAAAGCAUUUGCCGAAAGACUGGGACUUGAAACCGACUGGAACAGCUGCAUCUUGCUAUCCAGUCCAGAUGAUGAGAAUUGUGGGAAUGGAUACUUGCAGAAACAUGACAUCAAGGCACAGCUUCCCCGAGGAAUCGAUCAAAUAAGACCCCAUCUAGAAGAUGUGGAUGAUAUUCCACUCCACGUAUCCUUAUUUGCAGAGUGUACUCCUCGUGCAAUGAAAGAAAUGAUUCGUAUAUUCCAGGAAUACGGUGAAGCUGUGUGUUGUAUUGGAAACGCAUUAAAUGUUAAAAACACAGAAUCAUUUGCUCUGGCUGAUUUUAGUAUCGCCAUGGAACCUAUGCACACAAGAGCUCAGACAAAAGGUCGUCUGUCGUUGAAUGAUCGACAACCUCCACUCGCCGUGGGUGCGUCUCUUGUUAGUCUUCCUUGUGGACUUUUUAUGCAAUAUGAGACUAGUCUUUAUGCAGUGACUCAGCUCAUAAGAGACGCUAGAAGACUUCUUAGCUGCGUGCGAAUGGGAUUUGCUUUCUAUGCCGGCUCAUGUAUGUCUCUGACAAUCAUGCAAUUCCUUGCAUCAUGUGUGCUUUUACCUCCAAUUCUGUCGGGAUACCAGAUUAUUUGGAUUAUGUGGAUUAUACUUCCACUACUUACAAUGUCUAUGCUCUUUUCACCAAAAGAAGACAAUAUUAUGCUGCUAGUACCUGGAAAAAACAUUGAGCAUUUAAGAGAUCUUGGUCGAUUUAUGGUUUACUUUGCUCUUCGGUUCACAUUGACUAUCAUCAUGUCAAUUACUAUAUUUGUUUUGACAUUGGCCUAUUCGUUGAAUAUUACUGCUUCCGAUAUAUUUGGUGGAUUUGGUGAGCGUGGUUGGCUGCACUGGACAGCAGAAGAACAAUGGGCGUUAUUGUAUGCCCAAAACUUUAUGCUUAUUGUCUUGGGUAGAGCAGGAAUCUUCAAUUUGUUAGCCUGGAUGUCACCCUCGUUUUUGCACCGAACAUCAUCACUCUUUGAAUUCAAUCCUUUUAGAAAUAGGGUUUGGGUUGGUGCAUUCUUUACAAGCAUUAUUCUACAAAUCUGCUUCUGUGCCGUGUCUUUAUCCAACGGUCCGUUUGAUUUGGCAAGGAUCCCAUGGUUUGUGUACUUUAUCGGUCUAGGCUUUCCGCUUGUCCUGGUGCCUGUUCAAGAAUUAGUAAAGAUGCAUGACAACAAAGAGUUUACCCGAUUCCAAAAGAGAUCCAAAUUGGAAUUUAGCACAAAGAUUCGAUGUGUAAUAAUGCAGAUAAUUUUGAAUGAUAAUCAUCUCCAUACUAGUCCUAAGCAGAAAAUGUUCAAUCGACCUUUUGACCAACUAGUUCUCAAACACAAUCAAGCAAAUCAUUACUCUAACUCACCUUAG